AUGGGAAUUAACUCCCGAGUCACCAACACUGUGGCUGUGGGGAAGGUUAACGGCAGUGUCCACAGUCACAGCAGCAGUCGAGACUCGGUGAAAAACUUCCACCGGCUGCAGAACGAGUGGAAGAUGGCGAAGAUCGCUCUGAUCGUCAUCCUGCUCUACGUCAUCUCCUGGUCGCCGUACUCCACCGUCGCUCUCACCGCCUUCGCCGGCUAUGCAGACAUGUUGACUCCCUACAUGAACUCUGUGCCCGCCGUCAUCGCCAAGGCCUCAGCCAUCCACAACCCCAUCAUCUACGCCAUCACACACCCAAAAUACAGGAUAGCGUUAGCCAAGUACAUCCCGUGUCUCGGCAUGCUGCUCUGCGUUCAUCCUCGUGACCUCCGCUCCACCAGCAGCAGUUUCGUGUCAACGCGUCGCUCCACUGUGACCAGCCAGACCUCCGACAUCAGCAGCCAGAUGAGGCGGCAGAGCUACGGCAAGUCCCGCCUCUCCUCCGCCUCCGACAGCGAAUCAGGUCUGACGGACACCGAGGCCGACCUGUCCAGUAUGGGCUCCAGACCAGCCAGCCGCCAGGUGUCCUGUGACAUCAGCAGAGACACCGCCGAGCUCCCCGACUUCAAACCGUCCUCCAGCUUCAAGUCCAAGAUGAAGAGCCACGACUCGGGCAUCUUCGAGAAGACGUCUUUCGACACCGAUAUCUCCAUGGCAGGAGUCAGUGAACGCGGCAGCAUCCCAAAUACGGAUUUUGCAGACGGACACGUGAUGAGAGGCACGAUCGGUCGAAUCCCGAGCAUCGUCAUCACCUCUGAGUCCAGCCCCUUCCUGCCCAUCGGUCGGAAAGGAUCCAAGACGGCCAAUAACAACACGGGGUCUGGUUAG